CGAUCCGUGGCGUGUACCAAGUGGCGUGCCUGCCCGGGUAUGGCAGACCGUAGGGACGGAAGCUGUCAUGGAGACCUGCUGUGUCGCCCACUAGUAAAUAAACACCAAGAUUUAGGCGGGUAUGCUUAGAGGAUUUAGGCACCUUUAAGCAUGUGAAGCCAAGAAUUAUGAAAAGAUGAUAAAGAGCCCAAGUAAUGAACUUGGAACUUGGAAUUUUAGAUCUUUCUGUUCGUGCAAGAACUACUUUUGUUUCUACUAUUUCAAGCUCUUUGGUCGUCAUAAUCACAGAAAAAGGCAUUACCCUCUAGAAUCAGAAUGGGCCAGUGUACAAGUGGGGAAUUACCACCACCCACAAGUGAUAACACAGAUGAGCACCAAGGUGAAAAUGGAGAUAACUCACCAAAGAAGCAAGAAAAAGAUACACUGCGGGUGUCCAGUCGAAAAUUAUUUCGGCGUCGCUCUUCAAAUUCUUCAUGGGGCAGCAGCAAAUUUAGCAGAGGGCAUAAAGCUAAGGAUCUUUCUGCUGCUUUUAAUAUGCUUGAUUAUGAUUCCAAGCUGAAUUUGUUGAACAUAAAUACUGCCCCUGAAGAAGAAUUGAUGACGCUGCCAGGAGUAACCCGUGUUGUUGCAAAGAAUAUUGUUGAAUAUCGCACAGCUAUUGGAGGCUUUCGUCGUGUGGAGGACCUGGCACUUGUGUCUGGUGUAGGAGCGUCUAAGUUGCAGACAUUUAAGUGUGACAUAACUGUAAAAAAAAAGUCUUCAAGUCGUUCAUCUUCUCGUACACAAAGCAUGGACUCACUUCCAAGUUAUGAAUCGGGCAAAUCCGUACCCUCACAUACUCAGUCUCAGAGUGGUGGCAGAAGUAUUCGUGGCUCACCUGUCAGGGUCAUCAAUGUGAAUGCUGCAUCUAUCUUUGAGUUAAUGAAUGUCCGUGGUGUGAAUCAAGAAAUGGCAGCAAAUAUUGUUGAGUACAGAGACAGAAAAGGUCCUUUUAAGAGUAUUGAAGAACUGGUAAAAGUGAGAGGAAUAUCUGCUCGUUUUGUGAAUAUUCUGAAAGUAUAUUUGACAGUGAAUGCUGUUCCACCUGCUUCCCCACCCAUAAGUGAUAUCAUCUCAUUUACAAGCUAUGGCAAAGUUUACCAGAACAACACAGAUAAGAUGAUGCCAGGUCAUCGACGAACGCAUUCUGCCCCCUUGAACAAUGGUGGAGGUUCUCCUGCGAAAAAAACAAUGGCCUUCAAAAAUGUUGCAGAUCCUAAAAUAUCAAUUGAUUUUAGUGAAGAUAUAUUUGAACUCUUGUCUUUAAGAUCUGAGCGACCAGUUGUUAAAGAAGUAUUUAAUGGGUAUCAUCAGGGACAGCCUGCUAUCAGAGUUGCUACCUGGAACCUGCAGCAACUAACUAGGGAUAAGAUCUGUAAUCCGGGUGUACUAGAGGUUGUGUGUCGGACUGUUCUAGAAAAUGGAUUUAGUCUUUUGGCCAUUCAAGAAGUUGGGAGUAAAGAUGUUCUUGAAAGGAUAUGCUCUGAGCUAAAUCAGAGCAGUUUACGACGUGUACGUGAAUGGGCAGGACCCAAGGGAGAGUGGAGAUGGCAGGUAUCAGAGGAACCUGCUGGCCGCAUGAUUCAAGGUGCUGAAUACGCAGCUUUCAUAUACAAUGUGUGUCAUGGUCUCCAGCUGAUGUCUGCAACUUUACUGAGUGUCCACAGCAAUAACAGUAGUAAAUUCACUAAAGCUUUCACCAGAAAGCCAUAUCUUGGUUAUUUUAAGUGCUAUGACUUUGACUUUGUUGUGGUUAGUCUUCACAUCAAAACUAUUAAAAUAACUAAAAACAAAAUGUAUGAGGAAAAUGAUGUGAAUGGAGAGGCAGAAAAAGAUAAUAUAGAUUCAAGCAAUAAUGGUGAAUCAAGGACAAAUUCUGAGGUGUCACAGCUUGCACCUCUCAUUACUGCAUUGAAAGAAAAGCUAAUGAAUGAGAAGGAUGUUAUACUUUUAGGAGACUUCAGCAUGCACCCAAAUGAUACUGCUUUUGAUGUAUUACGAGAAGCAUCUUACAGCAACAUUGUGCCAGGAGAUACCUUCACUAUUAUUAACGCUAAGAGUGAUCUAGGAUCAUUUUGCUGUGAUAACAUAUGGCUCAAUCCUCACACCAGAACAGCUUACACAGGCACCUGGGGAGUAGUGCGGCAAGGAAUGAGCCACCUAGCUAUUCCCUGUGGCUGGGGCUGGGGUGGAGUAGUGAGUGACCAUUGUCCAAUUUACUGUGACCUCUACUCCCACUGUGAUGUAGAUCCAGGACAAACAGGCAUUCUGCAAGCUAAUGGAAAUUUGGAAGAAGUAACAGUAUGAUAUGAUUCAUAUUUAGCUGUGCAAGUAAAGCUAAUGUCACAACCUGCCAUUUGCUUAUUCAUCCUCCAGCUUCCCAUCUGUCUACUCUCGGUUCCAUUUGCAAGUAUUAGCUAAAUCAAUGUAACGUAUACACCUUUAUGUUAUUAAGGACAUUCAUGGAAGCCUAACUUAUUCUUGUGAUUUUUCCUUUUAUUCAAAAGCAAAAAUCUCUGACAGCUAAUAAUUCACAUAAUAAUCACUUCAUGCACUUCAUGUAAUUACAUUUUUUAUUAUUCUACUCAAUAGCAUGGCAUCUUUGUAGUAAUGAAGUAUGUGCAGUUCAGAAUACUAAGAUACUAGUGAUAAAUACUUUUCUUGGUAACCAAUAUGUUUGUGGGUUUUAAUUUGGAUAAUACCGAUGCAGACAGAUUAUGCUCCGGAAUAUGGCUAGGAAUUCUAUGAUAAUAAUUGACUGCUAUCAUUUAAUUUCAUUAUUUGUAAUGCAUUAGAACAUGCCUUAAAUAAUACGUUAACAAAAUAGAUCACAUUUAAGUAAGGAAAAUCUUUUGUUUGGUCACUUGUAGCUGUAGUUUCCACGGUCAAUAUCUCAGGGUGUGAGACAAACCUUAAGCAUACCUGCAAUUACUCUCGGGGUUUUCAGAGUCGCUGUGAUACACUUGCUGCCUCUAGUGUAGUAAACACGCUCAAGUUUUAAUAUUCAAAUAGCUAUUGGUAGUUUGUUAAUACCUUAGUACUGUACAUAUGUUAUUGAAAAUUAAACCGUAAAUAUCAUGUGUGUUUAUGACACACAAUAAUACCAAUUUUGCCUUUCUUUAGAAUGUGAAGUAUGCAGAAUCUUACAAAAACUUUAUCAUCGUCCUUGCCUUGUAUUUUUGUAUUAGGCCAAAAACAAUGCUAGUAAUAUUUGUAGGAAAAUCAUUCUUGUUGGUUUGGCUGUCAAAUAAACAAACAAAAGGAGUGUUCUGUCAGCAAAUGUUCAGAAAAAGAUAAAGCAAAUGUAUUGAUUAAAAUAGGCAUAGGUAGAGAGAGAAGUGGACACAAAUGAAGAUAAUAACAUGGGAAAAGUUUAAUAGGUACUGUAAGAAAGAAGGAUUUUGCUAAAGUUUAUGCAUGUGUGCUUUAAACUGUAGCUCUGUCUAAUGAAUGAUAGGGCAAAAUAAAUAUAUUGGAAUCAUUGGUAGGAAAAAUAUUCCCAUUACUUCUGCCAUGAUAGUGCCUCACUGAAUGAUUAAGGCUUACAAGUACUGUAUACAGUACUUCUUUUAAUAAAUAUUGUUUUAUAUAUAUUAUGAAAUCUUUAUUAAAUUAUUUGCUUCAUUGUUGUUUAGAACAAAACUAAAAAUUUAGGUGUUGAGCUUAGUGAAAUGCUAACUUCUGAGCUGGACCCUCAAAUGCUUCCAAAGCCAGGUCCUAUAUUAGAUGUUUUUACAAACAUACCUGAUUAAGUGCAACUGCAGCCAAAAUUAAGUGCUGGUGUAUUCCUCCAACCCUCUAUUUUGAUGGAGCACAAUACUUGACUGAGAAUGCAUACACUCUUAUGGUUGACCUUAAGAGAGUUAGCAUUCUCAGUCAAGUAUUGUGUCCUGAUAAAAUAAGAGGUGAAGGAAUACAUUGGUACACUUAAAUCAAUUUUGGCUGCAGUGAUGCUUAGCUAGGUAUGUUCGUAAGUGCCUGAUAUUGUCCAUCCAAGAUUCACAUCAUCUGCCAAACUCUUAUGAUUGUUAUCCCUCAUCUUGACAGGUAUCUUUGUAAGUGGUUCUGUUAUGUAUUGAGGGGAGACAGUAAUGAGUCCAACUCAAGCCACCACUGAGAUCACCAGUUUACUAUAAUACUGUACAUAGCAAUGAAUUGAGACAAUUUUAGACCUGCUUAAUUGAUUGUGUUGUUUUAUUGUAUCAAUAAAACUUUAUUUUACAGUACAAUACAUACAAGACAGUACUGGGUGAAGAGUGCUGUGCAUACAUGAGCAUGAAUGUGUGUGUGUGUGUACACAGUAUUUCCUUGACUUGUGGGAGGUGGACAUUCUUGGAAAUUAUAUUGUAAAAUGAAAGUGUGCAAAUCGAGCACAAGAUUAUAUGAACAAAUAGAGAUGCAUAUCCCCUUUUUCUGCCAUUGUCUACAAGAAGUACAUGCAAUAUCUAUGUUUUUAUAGUACUCCUGCCACUCCACUCUCAUAAAUGUUCAGUUUGCUGCACUGAAUAAAGAGCAUCUGUACACUUGCCAAUGAUGUAUGACUGAGUAGUAAGAUUUUCUUCCUUUUCUCCAAUUUUGUAAUAGUUUAAAGUUUUGUUUUUAGCUUAAACUUCACAUGUCAUUUCAUCACAAUCAGGCUUUGUAGAAUGCUUGAGCUGUUCUAUGAUUCAAGAACAUAAUGCAGAAAUACUGGAACAAUUUGAGCAGAAAAUGCUACCAAAUUCAAAUUCUAACUUAUGCAAAGGCAAUUGUACAAGUCAGCCAUAUAUGUCUCACUCUUAAAAUUUUGGUGAUAAAAACAGCUUUACAUUUGGAAAUUUUGUGUUAUCUAAAUUUUCUCAAAUCAAGGGUGGGUGUGUGUGUGUAUGUGUGUAUGUGUAAUAUAUAUAUGUAUAUUAUAUAUACAUACAUACACACACAUACACAUACACACCACUUGUGGUGUUGCACUCUGGCUUUGCACCCUGGAGAGGCCAC